UGGAUGUUAAUUUGACGAUGGAAGAAUCCUAAUUAGAUGAAAAAAUUUUGCCGCGCGCACGGCCCUCUCUGAUACAAAACGCACAGCUUCAUCUUGAACAGCUUCCUCUCCGCCAUCGCGCCGAUCGGAAAGAAUAUCGGAAGCGUAGGAGCUAAGUUGCAGACCAAGGAAGUGAAGCCCUUUACACAUAUAUACUUCAUCAUUGACCGUACACGUGUCCCAUCAAAACAAUAUAGCCAUUUCUCCAGUGACGUACGGUUCAGUCUCUUGGCAAAGAUGUUAUGAUUCGCUCGACUCGCCUGAUCGCCACACUCUACUCGCCCGAGUCACGCCACGUCUUCCUCUCUCUCCGCCGCUCUCCGAACACCCUCGCGCAAUUCUCCACCGUAAGGAAUCUCAGAUUUGCAGCCACUGCCACCGCCGGCGGUCCGCGUCAGCGCGACCCGAUACGGCUCCUGAUGGAUGCGGAAUCACCCUUGCCCGACCCGGCGGCAUCCGAAAACUUUGUCCACGUCGGGAACCCUACGAUUGGGGACUUGGCCGAUAGCAUCGUCGGUGUCGAUGCGCCGAGGGACGAGUACGACGACAAUGUUUCGACGACCGCCGAGGCUGAGAGUUCCGAACAGAGGAGGUUUCUUCCUGAGGAGCUGUCGAGGAGCGUCGUCGUGCUCACUUGUGAGUCCACGGCUGAGGGCGGCGUUUGCGACGUGCACCUGGUUGGAACGGCUCAUGUUUCGGUGGAAUCGUGCAGAGAAGUUGAAGCAGUGAUCAGCUAUUUGAAACCACAGGUUGUGUUCUUGGAGUUAUGCUCGAGUCGAGUGACUGCACUCACCCCUCAGAAUUUGAAGGUGCCGACAAUGGGAGAAAUGAUCGAAAUGUGGAAGAAAAAGCAUAAUGCCUUUGGGAUUGUUUACAGCUGGUUCCUUGCCAAGGUUUCAAGUAGGCUUGAGGUGUUUCCCGGUGCUGAGUUUCGUGUAGCAUAUGAAGAAGCAAUGAAGUAUGGCGGUAGGGUGAUACUUGGUGAUCGCCCAGUGCAGAUUACGAUACGAAGGACGUGGGCAAAAAUGCCACUUUGGCAUAAGAUAAAACUGCUGUAUUCCUUGCUUUUUCAAGCAGUCUUUCUACCCAGCCCUGAUGCUCUUAAUAAUAUGUUAAAGGAAAUGGAUGAUGUUGACAUGCUGACUCUCGUGAUUCAAGAGAUGAGCAAGGAGUACCCAACUCUAAUGGAAACACUCGUACAUGAACGAGAUCAGUACAUGUCAUCAACAUUACUGAGAAUUGCGAGCGAGAAUCGUUCAGUAGUUGCAGUAGUGGGAAAGGGGCACCUCCAAGGAAUUAAGAAGCAUUGGCAGCAGCCUGUUGUGGUGAAGGAUCUUUUGGUAAUUCCAUCAGAAAGGUCAGUUUUUUCCACCCGGAGAAUCGUUAAAUCUAUGGGUGUGGCGGUGACUGGGGCGGCCAUAGUAUCAGGCAUCUAUCUUGCAUCCAAGAGGAAGUAGAGCUCAGAAACUGAAUACUGACCACUUGAAUGAGAGGUUGAAGGCCAGCCAAUAUACAUGUGAUUCUUUAGGGAAAAUUUUAUUUGACCCAUAUAACCUCUUUUUUAAAUCCAACUAUCAAUAUUUCUUUGAUCUCAAAUUUAUUUCCUAAACUUCUCUCAGUAUAUAAAUUUAUUUUUACACCAAUUUAGAAAAUAAUAA